CGCUGCUGGUAUCUAAACUGGAAGGAAACGUGCGAGCCAGAAAGCCCCAUAGGCUUGGGAGCGCACCGGGCAGUGCCAGGAGGGCUCCUACCCCCAGCCCAGCACCAGCAGCCAGCGCAGCCUGCCAAAUCUGCCCCCUAAGAGCAGCCUCUCCUGCCGCUUUGUUUCAUUUGUGGAGCUCGGGUUUUAUUUCAUUUGAUCGAAUUUGAUUUCGGGGUUUUGUUGUGUUUUUUUGCGCACCCCGACAAACAAAGGAAGGAAGGAAAAAAAAAAGAAAAAGGGGGAGGGGGCUUGUUUCGCAGAAGACAUGCGUUCAUUCAGGAAGAGGUGGACUGUCUGCACGAUAAGUAUCCUCCUGAUCUUUUAUAAGACAAAAGAAAUAGCAAGAACGGAGGAGCACCGGGGAAUACAACUCACCGGAGACGGUUAUAUGAGUUUGAGUAGAUCGAUGAUCAAUAGCUCUGAUAAAAUAAUUCGAAAGGGCAGCUCUUCAAUCUUUCAUCAUUCUGUGGAAGGUUGGAAAAUCAAUUCUUCUUUGGUACUGGCGAUAAGGAAGAAUAUUCUUAGAUUCUUAGAUGCUGAAAGAGAUGUCUCGGUAGUCAAAAGCAGCUUCAAGCCAGGAGAUGUAAUUCACUAUGUGCUAGACAGACGUCGCACCCUAAACAUUUCUCAGGAUUUGCACAGGCUCCUUCCUGAAGUCUCACCAAUGAAAAACCGCCGGUUUAAAACAUGUGCAGUUGUUGGAAAUUCUGGCAUCCUCCUGGAUAGUGGAUGUGGAAAAGAGAUUGACAACCAUGACUUUGUAAUAAGGUGCAAUCUAGCUCCAGUGGUGGAGUUUGCUUCAGAUGUGGGAACGAAAUCUGAUUUUAUUACCAUGAAUCCAUCUGUUGUACAAAGAGCAUUUGGAGGUUUUCGGAAUGAGAGCGACAGAGAAAAAUUUGUGCAUAGACUAUCUAUGCUGAAUGACAGUGUCCUUUGGAUCCCUGCUUUCAUGGUCAAAGGCGGAGAGAAGCAUGUGGAGUGGGUUAAUGCAUUAAUCCUUAAGAAUAAAUUGAAAGUGCGAACCGCCUAUCCAUCACUGAGACUUAUUCAUGCUGUCAGAGGGUACUGGCUGACAAACAAAGUCCAUAUCAAAAGACCCAGCACCGGUCUCCUUAUGUACACCCUGGCUACCAGAUUUUGUGAUGAAAUUCAUCUGUAUGGAUUCUGGCCAUUCCCAAAGGAUUUAAAUGGAAAACCAGUCAAAUAUCAUUACUACGAUGAUUUAAAGUAUCGGUAUUUUUCUAAUGCCAGCCCUCAUAGAAUGCCAUUAGAGUUUAAAACUUUAUAUAUGUUACAUAACAGAGGAGCACUUAAACUAACAACAGGGAAAUGUGUACAGCAAUAAAGCACCUGUACAGUACAAUAAAAAUACUGAAUAUGCACUUCAUCAUAAAGGUGUUGUGAAAUGGCAGUGGGAUACCACAGAGGAUAUAUUUCAAUACCCAAUAAGCCAUUGGGAAAAGGAAGUUUAUCAGAAGUCCAUUACCAGCUAUUAUACCUGUAAAGUGCUAUAAAACGAAAGUUAUCUUGACUGCAAGGGUUCAAGUAAGUGCCACUUUUCACUAAGAACAAAACUUGAAUGUAUAAUCAGUACUGUUUACAAGAUCCAAUGAUACAUUCUUCAUGAAAAAAAGAAGCAGCAAAUAGCCCUUUUUUACUGCUGACUUGCUACUGUAGUCUGACAGCUUAUAGAAGAAAUACCCAGUGGAUGGAAUCUGCCCAUGGGGAAAUAAAACAGCCUUUGGCAGAAGAAUUCUUGGUUGAAUUAGUAGAGAAGUGAAGUCUGUAAGAUCAAGCAGAUCAAGUAAAUGCCUUCAGUCAGGGGACUGUCUGACCUUGUAUUAUAACCUCAUCUUUUGUUGCUGGUUCCUUGUUGUUGUUGUUUGGUUUUUUCUUGCAUUUGGGUAUUGUAACCCUAAAGGGAUUUUAUAAGGAUGAUAUGAACAGUUUAAAGAAGUCAUCAAAUAGUUGUCUUAGAAGAAAAAGUUAUUAUUGGGUUAUUAUUGGGGGAAAAAAUCAAAUACUUUAACAAUCUUAAUUGUGUUGUAUCCAGUUGUUACACAAUUCCAAACCUUCAUAUUGUUGGGUUUUUUAAAUUUUUGUUUGUUUUUUAGCUGUAGUUGUCAGUAACAGCUAAACAGAACCACUCAGAGAUCAGUAUUUUUGAGCCAUUUUUAAAGAAAGUUUUGUCUGUUAUGUGUCAAUUAGGGAAGACAUGUGUAACAAGAAGGUGCCCUUAUUUUUGGUACCAAAGAUACACUGAUUUUUGUAUACAGCUACCUUUUUUCUUUUUAUGAAAAAAACAUGUACAUUAAGUACCAUGUUGCUGUACUGCUGAGGGGAAAAAAAAUGUUUCUGGGUAUUAUUAUUUACUGUAAUUUAUAUUGAUUGACUUGUUUGAAUGAAGAAGCUUCAAACAGAUUUUCUAAGCUAACUUUGCCAGGAAAGGUUUGUUCUUUUGAAAAAUCUAAUACUGUUUAUUGCAAGCAUUCAGCUAUAUUUGAAUUUGAUUUUUAUUUCCAUUUAGGCAAAAGGAAUUUUUCAGUUUCAUAAUUCUUGUAUUAAAACACACUGUAGUUUACUAAAUAGAAAUAAUUAUUUUGGGGGGAUCUCUAAUUUCUUUAAACCAAGGUGGUAAAAAAAAUAGGUUCCUGAAAUGUUGUCCAAUUUUGAGGGAAAAAAGGCCCUGCAACAUCCAGCUACCAUUUUAAAAUAGGUUUUAAAAAACUGAAUAGACAAUAAAGACACUGUUAGUCAAACACAGUUCUUUUAUAUUAAAAAUUUUAUCUAGUGUUGGACAAUAAACCUCUCUUGUAUUAGUUCAAUAGUCUAAUAAGUAAAUGAUUAAAAUAACAUCAUUCUACCAUAUUCUUACAUCAGUUCUUCUGAAAUCCUUUUUUUUUUUAAUCACACAGAAUAACUGUUCUCUUCUUCUAUUAUUUCUGGGAAGACAGUUACAAAUGGCAUGAGGAACAGGAAAUGGGCUCUGCAGGUUGUGAAAUACCAAACCAUUUCUUAUUCCCUUCAUAGCACAAACAUGUAAUUAGAGUGCCUGAAUGCAUUUGAAUUUAAGAAAAAUCUGAACACUUUCCUUUCGGAAUUUGGUGUGCAUCUCAGGAAACUUAACAGCAGGCAGUGAGCAUCACUGCAGUAGCAUGAAGAGUAAAGAACUAGUUUUAAAGAACAAAUGCAGUCUUUAUGCUCUCUGGUUGCACAUUAAUAUAAAAAUUAUCUUGGCCACAUGAGGGUUCCCUAAUCCCAGCUGCUGGAAUUGGACAAGAUGAUUCUGGGAGAAUGUGUUUUCUGCCACUAUGUUUCUGAUUGCAUCUUACUUGAGGAUGGCUCUGGAGCUGUACCAAGCCUCCAAUAAUGCCCAUUGUGUUCCCACAACCAGCUCACAAAAAAAAUACUUGGAACAUGUCAUUCAUAUGUUGCUUAGGUCUCUUCCUGCCCACAACAUCUGUGCAAUGUGGGUUUUGUCUAGAAAA